AUGGAACAAAAUCUUCCAGUGAUCAACAAAAGAGUGUGGAGCACUGUAAGGGCAGUUCUUUUCAUAGUGAGAAAAGGAUCUCUGACGAAGAAAAAAUUCAUAGUUGAUCUCAACAUGCUGCUCAAACGUGGCAAAAUCGCCAUUGCCAACCUCAUGCUCCACGACCGCCGCCGCCACCAAGUCUCCUCCUCCUCCCUCACGGCGGAAUCUAAGGGGGAGGCGAUCCAGGAGUACGAGUUCAGCUGCAGCAACACCCCCGACCACAUCUUCCCUUUCAACCUGAAAAACAAGAACCACGGCAUUCACAAUUACUACCACCAGCUCUUCGCCUGCGUCCACGCGCCACCUACUCACGACGACGACAACUCGGCCACCGUGAACGCCGCCAAGGCCGUCUUGGAUAUGCUCAACAACAACGACAGCUACAGCAGCAACAGCACUGCUUCACCUAUGUUGCCGGGGUUCGGACAGACUCCAUUGGCGAGACAGCUUAGGAUAACGGACUCUCCGUUUCCGUUAAGGGAUGGCGAUGAAGACAACAGCGACGUGGAUAAAGCUGCCGAGGAUUUCAUAAACAGGUUUUACAGGGAUUUGAAGCAGCAAAAUAACACACUGUCCGAAUCCUAA